GUUUGGAAUACCUGUAUGAGAAUGGUUUGUCUGCUUCAUAAACAACCAGCGAAGCAGUGAAUUGGGGGUUUUGUGCAGGAAUAUGGACUUGUAACAAAAAAGAAGACACUUAAAGAGGGAGGCUGUGUUAUAUAAAAAUGGGAUGUGGUUCAUCGACAGUAGGGGUUGGAGAUCCCGAAACAAACAUCCUGAAUAAGGUGGAAAAACAGCCACCAAAUCAUGCUGUGAAAAAUGGACACACUUCACCAAUAGGAGAAGAGCCAAAGAAGAAGAAGGAAAAGAAAUCCACAGAUUCCAAUGCAAACAUAGAGAAUGCUGAUUCGAAUAAUCCAGUCCCAAAGAGUGUUGCAUUUGAAGUGGCUUUUGACAACAAACUGCUACUGAAGAACCCUCCUCGCAGAUUACAGAAAUUAGCCCCUCUGAAUGUUCAAAAAAUGACGCCUGAGUUGUUGGCGGAGAGGCAGAAGUUGGCAGAAGACAAGAGGGAGAAGGAGUUGCAGAGGAAGGUCAGCGCAUCGCGGAAGUCGUCCAAGCGACGGAGGGAGUUGAUGAGGGCCAAGGAGUUUGAACAGCAGCAACAACUACAGCAGGGAAGUCAGAUUGACGAGCAGCUGAAGAUGGCUGAGGUGAAAAGAGAAGCCAAGUUGGAGGAGGUCCGUGUACGUCAGAGAUUAAAAGAAGAACGAGCCAAGCGAGCAAGAGAAAAGGCAAAGAAGUUGAAUCAAGAUAAUCCUGAUGUUGAUCUGGAGGUGGAGAAAGAUGAUCAUUACAAUGCAAGUGACGAUUCCUGGGGAUCAGAUGGGGAAGGAAAUCACGCUUACUUCGGAAGUCCCAUGAAGAAAUCUCAAAGGGACCUCCAUCCAACAGCUAGUGCUAGCACCGUCGACAGUUUUGACAAUGCAUUCAUGCGAAGACCCAACGAGGAGAAACCUCUGACAACAAAAGAUGAUUUCUUUGAUUCAUGAUACUAAAAGUCUUUCACAUACUAAUCUGUAUGAUAUCCUGAAACCAGAUAUCCUGGCUUGGUUGUAUUGCAUGUCUCCUGUGUUUGUGUAGACUAUCCUGUUUUCUUCUUCUGUGUAAUGUCCAAUAUUCUGAUCUGUAUGAUAUCUUGUUCUGUAUGAUAUGUGUGUGUGAUCUGUAUGAUGUCAUACCUGUAGAUAUCCUGAUCUGUAUGAUGUCAUACCUGUACAUAUCCUGAUCUGUAUGAUGUCAUACCUGUGUGAUUUACCAACCUGUUUGAGGUUAUACCUGUAUAUUUUCCUGAUCUGUAUGAAUUGUCAUAUCUGUGUGAUAUCCUGAUCUGUAUGAUGUCAUACCUGUGUGAUAUCCUGAUCUGUAUGAUGUCAUACCUGUGUGAUAGCCUGAUCUGUAUGAUGUCAUACCUGUGUGAUAGCCUGAUCUGUAUGUCAUACCUGUGUGAUAGCCUGAUCUGUAUGUCAUACCUGUGUGAUAUCCUGAUCUGUAUGUCAUAACUGUGUUAUAUCCUGAUCUGUAUGAUGUCAUAGUUGUGUGAUAUCCUGACCUGUGUGAUGUCAUACCUGUAUAUAUCCUGAUCUGUAUGAUGUCAUACCUGUGCAAUAUCCUUGCAGUAUGAUGUCAUACCUGUGAGAUAUCCUACCCGUAUGAUGUCAUAUCUAUGUGAUAUCCUAGCAGUAUGAUGUCAUACAUGUAUGAUAUCCUAUUCUUAAAGGUUGUUCAGUAUAAUAGCUCGUUCUGCAGGAUAUCUAUGCUGUGGUAGCGUCUUUCAAGGGUAGCAAAGUAUUUAUGGCCAGUAGUAUUCAAAAAGGUCUAUCACAUAGGUCUGUGAAUAUGUGUGUGUGUUCCCUUCAAAACUUGUACCAACUAUACCAAUCAAUCAAAACUAACAGAUGAGAGUGCAUGAACAGAUAGCACUGAAUGACUGAGUGGAAUGACUUAUCAGAGUUAUAUUUAUUGUUGGAAAUGAAAUUUAUGCAAAA